CCAGGUCACGUGGGCGCCAAGAUGGCAGCCUCUAGAGCACGCUGCGAGCGUCGCGGUACGUGAAGUUGCAGCCGCGGUUGCGGGAGCGGAUCGAGGUGUGCGGCUUCCGCCUUCCUGGAGCUCGGUGGAUUGUUCCGGUCCCGGGGAGCACGGUGCGGGAUCCGGACCUAGCGGGCCGACACGGGAACGCCUUGUUGGAGGGGCUCCCGGCUCUGGGAUCCAUUGGCUGAAGCCUUCUGGUUUUCUGUGGUAAGGUUUUUGGUCCUGAGAGGAGCUGUGGAAGGAAGAAGUUGUGUGCCAUGGUGACAGAGCAGGAAGUGGAUGCCAUUGGGCAGACACUGGUAGACCCUCAGCAGCCCCUGCAGGCCCGCUUCCGGGCGCUCUUCACACUGAGAGGGCUUGGUGGCCCAGGUGCCAUCGCCUGGAUCAGCCGGGCCUUCAGCGAUGACUCCGCUCUGCUCAAGCAUGAGCUGGCCUACUGCCUGGGCCAGAUGCAGGACCGCCAGGCCAUCCCUGUGCUGGUGGACGUGCUGCGUGACACCCGCCAGGAGCCCAUGGUGCGCCACGAGGCAGGGGAGGCCUUGGGGGCCAUCGGUGACCCAGAAGUUCUGGAGAUCCUGAAGCAGUACUCCACUGACCCUGUUGUCGAGGUGGCUGAGACGUGCCAGCUGGCGGUCUGUCGGCUGGAGUGGCUGCAGCAGCACAGAGGGGAGCCAGUGGCAGCAGGGCCCUACCUCUCGGUGGACCCUGCCCCGCCGGCCAAGGAACGUGACGUGAGUCGGCUGCGGGAAGCACUGCUGGACGAGGCCCGGCCGCUCUUUGACCGAUACCGAGCCAUGUUUGCCCUGCGAGAUGCCGGUGGCGAGGAGGCCGCCCUGGCACUGGCUGAGGGCCUGAGCUGUGGCAGUGCCCUCUUUCGCCAUGAGAUCGGCUAUGUUCUGGGCCAGCUGCAGCAUGAGGCAGCUGUGCCCCGGCUGGCGGCCGCCCUGGCUCAGCGGACUGAGAGCCCCAUGGUGCGACACGAGUGUGCUGAGGCCUUGGGGGCCAUUGCCCAGCCCUCCUGCCUGGCAGCCCUGCGGGCCCACGUGGCCGACCCUGAGCGCGUGGUGCGGGAGAGCUGUGAGGUGGCCCUGGACAUGUACGAGUAUGAGAUGGGGCCGGCCUUUCAGUACGCCGAUGGGCUGGAGCAGUUGCGCUCACACGCCUCCUAGAGCUACCGCCUGCCUGGCCAGCGGGGCCUCUCUCCUGCAGGACUCGGCACAUAAACUGCAUUUGUGUGAACUGGAUCUUGCCUCCUUGGCUCUCUGAACCUGUUUGCUUGGCCGGAUCCCAGCCACUUUCGCAUCUUGAGUUACUGCCCGCUUCAGCCAGGCUGAGGUCUCUGCUGACUGCGACUGCGCCUGCCUCUGCAGGGCCCGGCACAGGACUGCAGUGCACCCAGCUGACCUCGGCACGGGAGGGAGUGUCCGGGGCGGGGCAGGGGUGGGGCUGUGUCCUAGGGAGGCUGGGGGCCCAGCUCCUCCAGGAGUGGAGGGUGCAGGGAAAGGCACUGUGGGGAAACCUGUGCCCAGUGGGCCUGGGUAGGGCCUGGGUCUCUUAACUCCCCACCCUGGCCCUGGGUGGGCUGGGCUAGGGACUUGGGCUGGGCCAGGUAGAGAAAACAGGCCCUGGCUCACUGCUUAGGUGGAAUAUUAAAUUAUUUUUUGCCUUCGCUGGGUGGCUCAGUUGGUUUGAGCGUCGUUCUGUGCCAAAAGGUUGCAGGUUCAAUUUCCAGUCAGGGCACAUACUUAGGUUUCAGGUUUGCUCCCUGGUCGGGGCACGCACAGUAGACACACAGGGGACAACCGAUGGAUCCAUGUUUCUCUCCCCUUUCCCCUUCGCCUCUCCUUUUCUCUCUCUCAAAUAAACAUAUCCUCAGGUGAGGAUUAAAAAAA